AAAUUCGUCGAUAUGCAUUAACCACUGGCGGCCUUAUCUGCUGCUACACUCUGUCAAUGGAAACACCUCCCACUGCUGAGAACGUCUUCCCCAAUAUUCCAGCCGGCGACGCUGCUGAACCUCACCGAGCUCUGUUCUUCGUCCUUGGCUAUCUCCGGCUGCCGGAUCGCCUCGCAUGUCGGCAAGUGUGCAGGGCUUUCAGCGACGAGAUCUCGGCCAACGAGACGCUGUGGCGCCACAUCAUCGUCGAACCGCCGCUCAGUACAAAGAUUCGUGACGACUUCCUUUUGUGGAUUACAUCCUUCGCGAGGGGAAAUUUGAAAUCCUUAGCAUUGCUGCGUUGCUGGCGGGUCACUGACGCCAGUCUCCUGCACGUUGUUGAUCAAAAUCCCUACAUCACCAAGCUGUGUAUUCCUGGUUGCACGGCUUUAACUGCAGAUGGUGUUGUGAGAGCUGUCAUGCGGUUGGCUGAGCAUAAGGGCCAUCUUGAAUGUCUUCGACUCAACGGUCUCUGCAACAUAAAAAGAGAACAUCUUAACGUGCUGAAAUCUCUCUUGUGCAAAAACAAACAACAAGAAGCUUUUCAUGCAUCUUUCUACAGCGGUUGGAGCUCCCUUGCUCUUGACAGUGAUGAUGGACGUCCAAUUGAUGUUGAUAUCUGCCCCAAGUGCAAGAAUGUGGGGAUGGUAUUUGAUUGCACCAGAGAGGAGUGCAGGACAAUGAGGAACAGGUGGAGCCAAUGUAGAGGUUGCUUCUUCUGCAUUGCAAGGUGCGAGGAAUGCGGAGGCUGCGUCGACGAAGAUGAGCUUGGAGAGGAUACAGCCUGCCCACAUGUGUUGUGUGCUGGCUGCUGGCUUCAGCUCCCAAAAUGUGAUACAUGUAAUAGGCCAUGCUGCAGGCAAGACUUGAAUGCUCAAGCUUUGUCCUCUGCUGGUUUUGUGUGUGAUCAGUGCAGGGAUUCUGAGCUCCUUUGAAGAUUUGUUUUGUGGAGAGUGGAAAUACUUUGAUAAAGUUGCUUUUUUUUUUUAUCAUACAAGCAUUUGUUAGAAGCAACAACAACAUCAA